CCACUUCCCACGUUCACAGGUUCCUCUAGGCUCUUGCAGGCGAUCCUUGAGGACGAGAGGGUGAGGAGCUGCGUUGAGUUCUCAGUCUCAUCGCUCUUCAUCCUUGGCUGUCGAGGGACGUGCCUCGAAGCCAGCUGUCUUUGAAACUGGUCUCACGCAAGAACGGCCCUUCGAGUCCAGUUCGGAGCUGUACAAGGGCAAACACCUCUGCAUCUCCUCAUCAGGCAACAGGCAAGAGACAGACACCCACAAAGAAACCUUGUGCAUCCAAAGUUGAGGAGUACAGGUCCCCUGUUAGAUUCACUCCCAAGAGUCCUGGUUCGGUAACUCGUGGAAGCGCUCGAGCACACCCGACAAGCAAAUCGAGACAGCAGCACAUCCAAGAGAACUCAAACAAAGUUCCUCGAAGCCUACUCAAGCGACCUCAUACUUUCGUUGAAACACCUACCAAACAAGACAAGUUGACGAUGCCAUCUAUCAGGACAGGGACUAGGCCGACAUCUGCUCGCACAGCAGCAUCAAACCUUGAUAGAUCUCUCAGUUCCAGCCUCCGAUCCAUCUCGAAAGAAAGCAGCUCCGAGUCUAUCGGCGCAAGAAUCUCUCGGAGGAAAUCUGCUGCUGUACAGCCAUCGCCAGCCACCAAAAGGACGAAUGGUGUAAGCAGAAGAUCAAGUGUAGCAGGAAACGCACCGGCCAAGGAUCGUGUGACAUGCAUCGUCCGGAAGAGGCCAGCAAAAGAUGGGGAAGUCGAUGUUGUUUGUGUUGUGGAUGAUUGCAUCGUCCAAGUGGCUGAACCGAAACAAAAGGUCGAUCUCACCAAAUACACAGAAAACCACAAGUUCAGUUUCGACCAUGCAUUCGACGAACAAUCCGACAAUUUCACUCUCUACAACACGACUACCAAACCUCUUGUGAACUUCGUGAUGGAAGGAGGUCUUGGAACUUGCUUUGCCUUUGGACAGACGGGCAGUGGGAAAACUUUCACCAUGCUCGGAGCUCCAGAGGUGGGACAACCUGGUUUGUACCUGCUGGCAGCAGACGACAUCUUCCGCAUGUGCGACGGACACGCGCUGAACAUCAACGUGUACGUCAGCAUGAUGGAAAUCUACGGGGACGAAGUUUACGACCUGCUCUCGGCGGAGAAGAAGCGCCUGGUCCCGCGCGAGGAUGCCAAGAAGAAAGUUCAGAUCGUGGGACUUACUGAGAUCCCCGUUGAGAGCCCCCAGGACCUGAUGCAGGCCAUCGCAGAGGGCAGCCAGCUGCGGUCCACCAGCGUGACCGGGAUGAACGAGCAGUCGUCGCGCUCGCAUGCGAUCCUUCAGAUGUCGCUGAGGACUGACAGAGGGAAGUUGCACGGGCAGCUCUCCUUCAUCGACCUUGCAGGCAGCGAGAAAGGGAGCGACACGGCGGAGAACGAAAAGAAGACCCGCAUGGAGGGAGCUGAGAUCAACAAGAGCUUGCUCGCGCUCAAGGAGUGCAUUCGCUCCAUGACAGACUCUGCUGGUUACACUCCGUUCCGUAGCAGCAAGCUCACGCAGGUUCUCAAGGAGUCGUUUGUGGGCAACGGGAGGACGGUGAUGAUCGCCAACAUCUCGCCUGCCGCCUCCUCCUCCAUGGAGACAGUGAACACUCUCCGCUAUGCCGACCGAGUGAAGGCCAUCGGCAAGGGAAGCUCGAGCACUUCCAAGUCCUCUGCCGCCUCCAGCUCAGUCCAGACUCCUCGGGGGAGCGUCAGCCAGAUACAGCUGAAGCGCGAGGAUUCGCAGACGAGCAAGCUGCGAUCCACCUCGAAGAAAGGAUCCUCCUACCUGGACAUGUCGGUGGAGAAGGAGAACCUCGAGAAUCGGAUCUCCUGCGCCAACGACCUGUCGGGUCAGAGGAGGCGGCAGAGCCAGCUUACGCUGGGGAGGUACGAGAACAUGGAAGUGCUGGACAUGGAGGAAGAAGAGCCCGAUCACAAGAGGAGAAGAUCGCUGAUGAAGAACAACAACGUGCUGCAGGCGGUUGGAGACAUGGACGAAUGUUCCUUCACUGACGAGCUCGACGACGACGGCUUCGUUUACCAUGGUGAAACCCAUGAAGCUCCCAAGGGCCAGAGCAAGCUCGACCCGGUAUCCUUCGUAAACAGCUUCAGGGAGCAGAUCGAAAAGAGCAUGGCACUGAUAGAGCAAGAGGUUGUGAUGCUUGACAAGCUGGAGAAAGGAGGGGAAAAUCCUCUGACGUCGGACAACAUCCAGGAGGUCAACCGUCUGCUCCGAGAGAGAAUGUGCAUUGCGACUCACUUGCAGAACGAGCUGCACAAACAUGUGCAGCUUCACUUGAAUGUUACGUUGAGCGUUGUCAACAAUCUGCUCAAACAAGUAUGGGAUGGAGGACACGAGGAUCUUUAG